AUGUCAGACACAGUUAUAUCACUUGUUGACUCUUCUAUUUACAUGCUUCAUGCCGCGAUCCACCAUCCCUAUCGUCUGGCUCUGUAUAUCAUUGUUAUUUACUUUACUCGUCGCAUCCUCAAUCGACUUCUGGUGCCUCCACCAAUUUCUGUUGCGCCACGUAUUCCCACGUAUCUACCCUUCGGAAUCGACUUUAUCGUCUGGUCCUCAUACUACAACUCAACGAACCAAGACCUUAAGUUAUGGUCAAUGAUCUUCCGUCGUUACGGGCGAGGAACGGCGCCAUAUACUGCUGAGGUUGUUCUUGGUGGUGACCGUGUUAUCUUCACCGCAGAUCAUGAGAAUAUCAAAGCUGUCCUGGCCACCAAAUUCUCUGACUAUGGUAAAGGACCAAAGUUUUAUCACGACUGGAAGGAAUUCCUAGGAGAUUCCAUCUUUGCGACUGAUGGCCGACUUUGGCAAGAUGCUCGAGGGUUGAUCAAACCCUUGUUUCUGCGUCAGCGCAUUGAAGACUUGGCUGUCUUUGAGAAGCACACAGUUAAAUUGACUAGAAUGCUCCAAGGUCCCGAGGGUCAACCUAUUGGCGUGGAUGUGAAAGAUCUUUUCUUCCGCUUUACCCUCGACGUAGCCACGGACUUUCUGUUUGGGCAAGCUAUAAACAGCUUGGAUAACCCCAGAGAACAAUUCAUGGAAGUUUUUAUCUCUGAAACAUUGUCCCUCGAGCGCGACGAGCUAGAAAAGCUCACGAAAUCUGAUCGCGGCUACACGUUCCUCAGUGCUCUGGCUUUAUACACACGAGAUGCUAAACAGAUACGGGAUCAACUUGUAGCUGUACUUCUCGCUGGUCGAGAUACAACGGCAGCCACUCUUUCAUGGGUGCUACAUGAGCUUUCAGGCCAUCCGGACAUGGUUCGUCGCCUUCGCCAGGAAAUUGCUCAACAUGUCAAGCCUGGCCAGAAUCCGUCGUUUGCAGAGUUGAAAGCAAUGAAAUAUCUUCAGGCUAUCCUCAAUGAGACCCUUCGCAUGUACCCAGCCAUUCCUUUCAACAUGCGAAUCGCCCUGGACGACACAUCGCUGCCUCGUGGUGGAGGGUCAGAUGGCAAUCAAUUCAUCUCAGUGAAGAAGGAUACAAUCAUUGCAUAUACGCCACUUGUGAUGAUGAGGAGAAACGACCUCUAUCCAGCCACAUAUAACAAUGGAGACAAGUUUCCGGAUCCCAAUACUUUUGAUCCAGAGCGUUGGUUGCACCCUUCAGUAUUACACACUUCUGAGAAGGGCGCGGACGCAUCGGAGACGAAGGCCAGCGGCGUCAACAACAAAGAAUGGUCACCUCGUCCUUGGACCUACAUUCCUUUCAAUGGUGGUCCUAGAAUCUGCCUUGGGCAGCAGUUUGCUCUCACAGAGAUGGGUUAUACGCUUGUGCGCAUCUUUCAACAAUUUGCGCGAGUUGAGCGACGCAUGGAACCGGAUGAGAUGGGUAUCCUGUCAGCGAAUAUUGUUCUCACGCCAAAGAAUGGAGUCAGAGUUGCCUUUUUCAAGGAGGAAGAAGACUGA